UGGCUGAACGAUUCUCCUCCAAGAUACGCAGCUCCAGAGAGCACCAGUUCAAGAAAGAUCAGCACCUACUUUCCCCUGUGAACUGCUGGUACUUGGUUCUGACGCAGACCCGGCGAGAGAGCAGAGAUCACGCCACCCUGAAUGACAUCUUCAUGAACAAUGUCAUCGUCCGGCUGUCGCAGAUUAGUGAGGAUGUCAUCAGGCUCUUUAAAAAGAGUAAGGAGAUUGGCUUACAGAUGCAUGAAGAACUCCUGAAAGUCACCAACGAGCUUUACACGGUGAUGAAGACCUACCACAUGUAUCAUGCAGAAAGCAUCAGUGCUGAGAGCAAGCUGAAGGAGGCGGAGAAGCAGGAGGAAAAGCAGUUCAACAAGUCAGGGGACAUCAGUGUGAACCUGCUGCGGCACGAGGACAGGCCUCAGCGGCGGAGCUCCGUCAAGAAGAUUGAGAAGAUGAAGGAGAAGAGACAAGCCAAAUAUUCUGAAAACAAGCUGAAGUGUACUAAAGCCCGGAAUGAGCUGAACCUGGCAGCCACCAACGCAGCUGUCAGUAAAUACUACAUCCACGACGUCUCUGACCUCAUUGAUUGCUGUGAUCUGGGAUUCCACGCCAGCCUUGCUCGGACAUUCAGGACAUACCUGUCUGCCGAGUACAACCUGGAAACCUCCCGCCACGAGGGCCUGGACAUCAUCGAGAACGCUGUGGACAACCUGGAUGCACGGAGCGACAAGCACACCAUCAUGGACAUGUGCAACCAGGUCUUCUGCCCUCCGCUGAAGUUUGAGUUCCAGCCUCACAUGGGGGAUGAGGUGUGUCAGGACAGAGCCCAGCAGCCUGUGCAGACCGAGUUGCUGAUGCGGUACCACCAGCUGCAGUCGCGACUAGCCACCCUCAAGAUAGAGAAUGAAGAGGUACGAAAAACUCUGGAUGCCACAAUGCAGACUUUGCAGGACAUGCUGACAGUGGAAGAUUUUGACGUUUCAGACGCCUUCCAGCAUAGUCGCUCCACUGAGUCGGUCAAAUCAGCUGCAUCAGAGACCUACAUGAGUAAAAUAAACAUUGCCAAGAGGAGAGCCAACCAGCAGGAAACCGAAAUGUUCUAUUUUACAAAAUUUAAAGAGUAUUUGAAUGGCAGUAACCUUAUCACGAAGCUCCAGGCUAAACACGACUUGCUGAAGCAGACUCUUGGAGAAGGUGAAAGAGCCGAAUGCGGAACAACCAGGCCCCCAUGUCUUCCCCCUAAGCCACAGAAAAUGAGGAGACCUAGGCCUCUCUCAGUCUAUAAUCAUAAACUCUUUAACGGCAAUAUGGAAACGUUCAUUAAGGAUUCAGGACAGGCUAUUCCACUUGUAGUAGAAAGCUGCAUUCGUUACAUCAAUUUGUACGGCCUUCAGCAGCAGGGCAUUUUCAGAGUUCCUGGCUCCCAGGUGGAAGUCAACGACAUCAAGAAUUCGUUUGAGAGAGGUGAAGAUCCCCUUGCUGAUGAUCAAAACGAACGUGACAUUAAUUCAGUGGCUGGAGUCUUGAAGCUGUAUUUCCGAGGACUGGAAAACCCCCUCUUUCCUAAGGAAAGGUUUCAAGAUUUGAUAUCUACUAUAAAAAUCGAGAAUCCCACCGAGAGGGUGCACCAGAUCCAGCAAAUCAUCGUCACUCUGCCCCGGGCUGUCAUCGUUGUCAUGAGAUAUCUUUUUGCUUUCCUUAAUCACUUGUCGCAGUACAGCGAUGAGAACAUGAUGGAUCCCUACAACUUGGCCAUCUGCUUUGGGCCCACUCUGAUGCACAUUCCAGAUGGGCAGGAUCCGGUGUCCUGCCAAGCCCAUGUCAAUGAGGUCAUCAAAACCAUCAUCAUUAACCACGAGGGCAUUUUCCCCAGCCACAGGGAGCUGGAAGGACCUGUCUACGAGAAGUGCAUGACUGGAGGGGAGGAGUACUGUGACAGCCCGCACAGCGAGCCAGGCACCAUCGAUGAGGUUGACCAUGACAACGGCACGGAGCCACACACCAGUGAUGACGAAGUGGAGCAGAUUGAAGCUAUAGCAAAGUUUGACUACACUGGACGAUCUCCACGAGAGCUCUCCUUUAAGAAGGGGGCCUCGCUCCUCCUGUACCAUCGGGCAUCAGAAGACUGGUGGGAAGGGAGACAUAACGGUGUGGAUGGCCUCAUACCCCACCAGUACAUUGUGGUGCAAGACAUGGAUGAUGCGUUCUCCGACAGCCUGAGCCAGAAGGCAGACAGCGAGGCAAGCAGCGGACCGCUGCUGGAUGAUAAAGCCUCCUCCAAGAACGACAUCCAGUCUCCGACGGAUCAUAUUGUGGACUAUGGCUUUGGGGGAGUAAUGGGCCGGUAG